AGAGCGAGGCGCCGCGCCGCGCACGGAGACAUGUACCCGGGAGCCGCCGCUACCGCCGGGCCGGUGCUUGCACCUCCUCCACCAUUGCCACCUCCAAUACAGGGAUAUGCCUUUAAACCUCCCCCUCGACCGGAUUUUGGUACUUCAGGGAGAACAAUCAAACUACAGGCCAAUUUCUUUGAAAUGGACAUUCCUAAAAUUGACAUCUACCAUUAUGAAUUGGAUAUAAAGCCAGAGAAAUGCCCUAGAAGAGUUAACCGAGAAAUUGUGGAGCAUAUGGUUCAGCACUUUAAAACACAAAUCUUUGGGGAUCGUAAACCAGUAUUUGAUGGAAGAAAAAAUCUUUAUACAGCUAUGGCGCUUCCUAUCGGGAGGGAGAAAGUGGAGUUGGAGGUCACACUGCCAGGAGAAGGGAAGGACAGGAUAUUUAAAGUGGCUAUCAAAUGGAUGUCCUGCGUGAGUCUGCAGGCUUUACAUGAUGCUCUUUCUGGUCGGCUGCCAAGUGUUCCUUUCGAAACCAUCCAGGCAUUGGAUGUUGUGAUGAGGCAUUUGCCUUCCAUGAGGUAUACCCCUGUGGGGAGGUCUUUUUUUACUGCCUCUGAAGGGUGCUCAAAUCCUCUGGGUGGUGGCAGAGAAGUUUGGUUUGGAUUCCAUCAAUCAGUCAGACCUUCACUGUGGAAAAUGAUGCUUAACAUUGAUGUGUCUGCAACAGCAUUUUACAAGGCACAGCCAGUAAUUGAGUUUGUAUGUGAAGUUUUGGAUUUCAAAAGUAUUGAAGAGCAACAGAAACCUCUGACAGAUUCCCAAAGGGUAAAGUUUACCAAAGAAAUAAAAGGUCUAAAGGUGGAGAUAACACACUGUGGACAAAUGAAGAGAAAAUACAGAGUAUGCAAUGUCACCAGACGACCAGCAAGUCACCAAACAUUCCCACUUCAGCAGGAGAAUGGACAAACAGUUGAAUGCACUGUGGCUCAGUAUUUUAAGGAUAGGCACAAGCUGGUUCUGCGCUAUCCUCAUCUUCCAUGUUUACAAGUUGGACAGGAGCAGAAACACACAUACCUUCCUCUUGAGGUGUGCAACAUAGUGGCAGGACAGAGAUGUAUAAAGAAACUGACAGACAAUCAGACUUCCACUAUGAUACGUGCAACAGCAAGAUCAGCACCUGACCGCCAAGAAGAGAUAAGCAAAUUGAUGCGAAGUGCAAGUUUUAAUACUGAUCCUUACGUUCGUGAAUUUGGAAUAAUGGUCAAAGAUGAAAUGACUGAUGUGACUGGUAGAGUCCUGCAACCUCCUUCAAUCCUUUAUGGAGGCAGAAAUAAAGCAAUUGCUACCCCAGUUCAAGGAGUCUGGGAUAUGAGGAAUAAACAGUUUCACACUGGAAUUGAAAUCAAGGUUUGGGCAAUUGCCUGCUUUGCUCCCCAACGCCAAUGCACUGAAGUUCAUCUUAAGUCUUUUACAGAACAACUGAGGAAGAUAUCAAGAGAUGCAGGAAUGCCAAUCCAGGGGCAGCCAUGUUUUUGCAAAUAUGCCCAGGGAGCAGAUAGCGUGGAACCCAUGUUCAGACAUCUGAAGAACACCUAUGCUGGGUUACAGCUUGUUGUAGUCAUUUUACCAGGGAAAACUCCAGUUUAUGCGGAAGUAAAGCGUGUUGGUGAUACUGUACUGGGGAUGGCUACCCAGUGUGUUCAGAUGAAAAAUGUGCAAAGAACAACACCGCAAACUUUGUCCAAUCUUUGUUUAAAGAUCAACGUCAAAUUAGGAGGAGUAAAUAACAUUUUACUGCCACAGGGAAGGCCACCAGUGUUUCAGCAGCCUGUUAUAUUCCUUGGUGCAGAUGUCACUCAUCCACCAGCUGGAGAUGGAAAAAAGCCUUCCAUUGCUGCAGUCGUUGGUAGUAUGGAUGCUCACCCAAAUCGAUACUGUGCCACUGUUCGUGUCCAGCAGCACCGUCAAGAAAUCAUCCAGGAUUUGGCUGCCAUGGUCAGGGAGUUACUUAUUCAGUUCUACAAAUCAACCAGAUUUAAACCAACUCGCAUUAUUUUCUACAGAGAUGGCGUUUCUGAGGGGCAGUUUCAACAGGUUCUCCAUCAUGAACUGUUGGCUAUCAGAGAAGCAUGCAUUAAAUUAGAAAAGGACUACCAGCCAGGAAUUACAUUUAUUGUUGUGCAGAAAAGGCAUCACACAAGACUCUUCUGUACAGACAAAAAUGAACGGAGGAGGAAAUUUAAAACAAGUGGUUCCCCAAGGUUGGAAAAAGUGGAAACAUUCCUGCAGGUACUACAGUGGACACAAAAAUCACCCAUCCAUCAGAAUUUGACUUUUACCUGUGUAGUCAUGCUGGUAUUCAGGGAACAAGCAGACCUUCUCAUUACCAUGUCCUCUGGGAUGACAAUCGUUUCUCUUCGGAUGAACUGCAGAUUCUCACCUACCAGCUGUGUCAUACGUAUGUACGCUGUACUCGUUCCGUCUCCAUCCCUGCACCAGCAUACUAUGCACACCUGGUUGCCUUCAGAGCCAGGUAUCAUCUGGUGGAUAAAGAACAUGAUAGUGCUGAAGGAAGCCACACAUCUGGUCAGAGUAAUGGCAGAGAUCAUCAAGCACUUGCUAAAGCAGUUCAAGUUCACCAAGACACAUUACGUACCAUGUACUUUGCUUGACAUGUUUUAAUGUUUAGCGAUUCAGUAGAGUUGGAUUCACAUGAGACCAGCUGCACUUAGACUAACAGUUGCCCAAGCUACACUGACAGCCAGCAAUGAGUGAUGCAUCUGUAUUUUAUUUUUUCCAUUUUCAAGAAGGCCUUCCGUCCAGAAUUUCUGACUUGAUUUCUGAACUACAGACUUGUACAAAACCUCACAAUUGUUGGAAAUGUGGUUUGCCAAAUCUUUAAGCUGCUUGUCAGAAAACAGACCCAGGUUUUACAGCUGUGAUCAAAAGCUGUGAUCUCAGGGCUAGAAAUGAAACAAAAUUCAUCAUUUA